GUUCACCUGACGUUACGUAAAAUGUUCAGGAAUAAUUAUCAGGGCGGAGCUGUGGUCGAGAUCUUCAGUGGACAGGGAAAAGACCCUGUAGCAAAAUGGAAACUCUGCGGAGGGCCAUCAGCCAUACGUAAGGAGUAUGAUAAAGAGGUCAAAGGAUUUGUUUACUGUCUGGAGGGAAGCAGCCAGACAGUCAAGAUGCAAAUGCCAGAGAAUGGGAAAAUGUCUCUUGGGCUCCUCCAAAGAUUCUUGGUCCUUCAAGUGAAUAUUCCUCAGUGCAAAGAUUUUUCCAUUGAGCUGAUGAUAACUGAUUCAGAGCACCUGAAAAGAAGACUUCACUUAUCAACAGUGCAUAAAGAGUUGACUGCCACACUCUUACAUGCAAAGAUUCCUUUUGUAGGAUUGAAACGGAAUAUUUGGUCUACUUUGUACAUCGACGUUGUAUCAUUCACCGCUGAACUGUUCAAGGGAUUUUUGACACUGGAUGGCAUCACAUUGUUUGCUACCUGUAAAGUCCGCAGAAUCUUCACCAUGAAAACAGAGCCUACAGGAAUGUCAGAAGAUGAUAUGUUUCUCAGUGGAGCUGGCAUCAUGGAUUUGAUCCCACGCAGCUGCAAGUUCCCACCAGAUGUAAACCAUGUAACUCAGAUGUUGAACAUGGAGAACAUGCAGAAGGCAGAUAUGAGGACUGGCCUUGUGAACUCUUACUGUGGAACACUUGGCAGGUUACAGCCCCAUCCCCCAACAGACAAACAGGGAUCAAAGAAGGUACGGGUCCUUAGUGCUAGAAGAGAGAGCCUAGCAUCGUCAGCCCAUUCGGAUGCUGUGCCUGGUCAGCACAGACAGAGGAGUAAAACCAGGGAGAGGUGCACUCUUCCGUCCAGUAGGCAAGAGGGCAGGCGGCGACCCCUGACACUAACAGAAAAGACAGAGCACCUAACAGCAGAUGAGUGUUGCUUCAGUCCUGGAAAGGAAAGUUCCAGAGCUGCUCCCACCCCAGCAGAGUCUCUCUCCUGCUCAAUCCGGCCAGGUUUGUCUUCUGACCUGCAGGUCUGGGAGGGUAAUGAGGGGUCUGAGCCCCGGCUCACUCUAGAAGAGGAGGUGUUCAUUUUCUCAUCCCAGCCUCACUCACCCAAAAGAGGGCAAGGUCAAGGUGACCAGGAGAAGAUGGAGAUGGGAGAUGACCAGGUUCACAGCAAGAGUGGGAGGCGGUACGAGGCUCAGCCAGAAGAUGACUUUAUCGGGAGUGAAAGUGAUGAGGAUAAGAGCUACACCACGUUCCAGCAACAAAGAACUAUUGUUGAAUCCAACCCUGCUGCUCCCAGAACUCCUGAUCCAAACUUGGAUGUGCAAAUUAAAGUCCAUUCUAAGUCUCAAACCAUGGAAAAAACAUCACCACAAGAGCUUAGUCCGGCUGCCACAAAUAUUGAUACUCAAUCUCCAUCCAGUGGGAGAGCUGAACUAGCUGGGAUGGUCCCCACACACUGCCUCUCACCCAGUGCAACUCCCAGCAGACAGGAACACAAGUGUGGCCCAUGUGAAUCAGAGGAAGUGAACCAGGUUCUGGAUGGGAACAGCAGUGUAACACUUUCUAGGAGACUCCUGCAAGAAUUCAAAUUGGAUGACUCCCCACAGCGCAAGGAAGCAGAUGAGACACUGAAGCCUGUUGAUUCCAGUCAUUACAACCUACAGCUGCUUGGCAGUCCAAGGAUGCAUGGGGAUGAUGAUGAGGAGCUCAAAAUGCUGGCAAGCUUAAAAAGGGAGCAGGAGGAAGAUGAGUAUAGAGCCUCGGGCCUCAGUGGAUCUCAGAUCCACCAGUGUAAUGUCAGCAUCAGUAUGAGCAGUGACGACACCUCUACUUGGACCCACAUCUCCAUGCCAGCUACUCAGGGUCACCACUAUCAGAAUGAAAUGAACCCCCUCCUCCUCUCAAAUCCCAGGGAGUGGAUGGACGUGCUCAGCCCUCCUAUUAUGCCUCCCAGCCAGCGGAGAAGGUCAUGGGACACAUGGAACAAUCAGGAAAAUCUAGUUGGAGGAGGGGAUGAGUCUGUGAAUGAAGAGGAGAAUGAGGACGAGUACUUGAAUCUGCUCUAUGAUCCUUGCCUGAACUGCUACUUCGAUCCAAAGACGGGGAAGUACUAUGAACUAGCUUGACUCAAAGCUCAAGAGGAUCAGAAUAAAUAAAUCACAUGUCA